CAGGUCAACACACACAGCUCCUGGAAGAGGAGAAAGCAAAAGAUCAAAGCUAGCCCACGAGUCCACCUCCCCCCCCUCUUUUUUUCCUUUUGCCCCCCCUGGCAUCAGCCAGUAAGAGCUCACUACUUCACCAGGGGUGGCAGUGCAAGCCCUUGAGUCAUUUCAGGUCUGGAUGGUGGAGAGGCAUUGAACUACAGACAGGUGCUCAGCUCCGCCGCUUCCCGUUGCUUGUGUUUUUGGUUGGAACUCUGAGGAUUAUUCCAAGCAUCUUAUGUCACCACUGACAGACUUCCCAAAGAUUUUUUAAAGUGACCCAGUCCCAAGGGCUUGCUGGAGAAAACCGAAGAACCUGCGGCGCCAUGACGACCAAUGAAAGUGCCAACAACACCCCGAAACAGGUGGAAGUGCGCAUGCACGAUAGUCAGCUGACCUCAGAUGAAGUGCGCCCCAGAUCACCAUGUCUGAGGAUGUGUGACAAGCUUCGGAGCAACCUCCUGUUGACCCUUACAGUAUUUGGUGUUAUUAUGGGAGCAGUACUUGGUGGUCUUCUUCGGCUGGCCUCUCCCAUCCACCCCGAUAUUGUCAUGGUGAUAGGCUUUCCAGGAGACAUUCUCAUGAGGAUGCUGAAGAUGUUGAUCCUUCCUUUAAUUAUCUCCAGUUUAAUCACAGGCCUGGCUGGGUUGGAUGCCAAAUCAAGUGGACGCCUCGGAACCAGAGCAAUGGUGUAUUAUAUGUCUACCACCAUUAUCGCUGCUGUGCUGGGAGUAAUUUUGGUCUUGGCUAUUCAUCCUGGAGACCCCAAACUAAAACAGCAGCUUGGGAAGGGCCAAGAAAAUGAUGAGGUGUCCAGCUUAGACGCCUUCUUGGAUCUCAUAAGGAACCUCUUCCCUGACAACUUGGUGCAAGCUUGUUUCCAGCAGACUCAGACAGUGACCAAGAAGGUUAUAGUGGAAAAUCCUAUAGAGGAAGUGGUCAACGCCACAGACUCCUUUUUGGCCGUGAUGAACGACACUUUGAAUGACACUUUGACAACGACGAUAGAGGAAAUCAAAAAGAAGCAGGAAUUCAAAGAUGGGAUGAACGUCCUGGGUGUGAUUGGUUUCUUCAUAGCGUUUGGCAUUGCAAUGGGAAAGAUGGGGGAACAGGCACGGCUGAUGGUUGAUUUCUUCAACAUCCUCAAUGAGAUUGUCAUGAAACUUGUGACUAUGAUAAUGUGGUACUCUCCUCUCGGUAUCGCCUGUCUAAUCUGUGGGAAAAUCGUCGCCAUAAAAGACUUGGAACAGGUCGCCAGGCAGCUGGGAAUGUACAUGGUUACAGUCAUCAUUGGUCUGAUCAUCCAUGGAGCCAUCUUCUUGCCGGCACUGUACUUCGCCAUCACCAGGAAAAGCCCGUUCUCCUUCCUGGCUGGUAUAUUCCAGGCUUGGAUCACCGCCCUCGGUACAGCUUCCAGCGCCGGGACCCUGCCAGUCACUUUCCGCUGUCUCGAGGAGAACCUGGGCAUUGACAAAAGAGUGACGCGAUUCGUGCUUCCUGUUGGGGCCACAAUCAACAUGGAUGGUACAGCUCUGUAUGAGGCGGUGGCGGCCAUCUUUAUUGCUCAGAUGAAUGGAAUUGUGCUGGAUGGUGGACAGAUAGUGACAGUGAGCUUGACAGCGACGUUGGCCAGUGUUGGGGCUGCCAGUAUUCCCAGUGCGGGUCUGGUAACCAUGCUUCUCAUCCUGACGGCUGUAGGAUUGCCCACCCAGGACAUCAGCCUGCUUGUCGCUGUAGACUGGCUAUUAGACCGAAUGAGGACUUCUGUCAAUGUCGUCGGCGACUCUUUCGGCGCCGGCAUAGUUUACCAUCUAUCCAAGAAAGAGCUGGAUGAACUGGAUAAGCAGCACGCACAGCAUGAAAUCGAAAUGACCAAGACUCAGUCCAUUUACGACGACAUGAAAAACCACAGAGAGAACAAUUCCAACCAAUGCAUUUACGCAGCGCACAAUUCCGUGGUAGUCGACGACUGCAAGGUAACACUGGCGAACAACGGCAAAACAGCAGACUUCAACGUUGUUGUGGAGGAGACUAAGGAAGCGUAAGAGUUCGGAAAGCCUACCGCUGCAGCCAUGUCUUCGUGAAGAGAGUCAACCUACAGUAUGACAUGACUGUCUCAUAACCACCAUUACCCCCCCACACAAUAAUAUCUACUGCCACAGCACAGAAAUACCUUUUUUUCGGGCCUCCGUGUUUCGCAAUAUGCAAAAGUGGAAUACCAGACCAACGAUCAAUCCGGGGUGUCGAGAAUGUACGAUUGUGAUGUGUGAGCUCGCACCUCGUUGUAUGGACUCAGGUAACCAAAACAAAAUA